AUGGGCGAAGAUGACGGGUCGGAGAGAUCGUACGACGGCUCUGAUGCCGAUUACUACUACGAGCUGAAACAUGAGCGCGAUGAAAGGAAGCAGGUGAAGCUAAAGGAGCGGAAGGAGAAAGAACGACAACGAGAUAGGGAGAAUACCAAGGAAGAAGAAGUUCGCGUUGCAUACAGAUCUCUCAGCGAGGCUAGGAAGGAACGCAAGAGAGUCCCGGCCGGACCACUUGCUGGUCAGAGCUUCCAGCUGUUCUGCAGCGAUCAUGUUGACCAUUUUUACACCUCUGAUUACUACCCGACCAAGAGAGUGGACUUUUACUGCCUCGACGACACAAGCAAUCCCGGUCGACACAACCAGAAGCCUGGACGCGAACUUGCCAUGUUACAUGGCGACGUGUAUCUCAAUGGAAAUACCAACUACAGCUUUGGCCCGUUCUUCCCCCCGAAGCGAGCGAGUCGGCAAACUUUCAAGGUCAGGAGCGACGAUGACAUGUACGAGCUGUCGUUAAAGUUCAUCGGUGGUGAUUACCUGAGGCUGAAACUCUCCCGGGAAAUGGUGUUCAUGAAUCCAUAUAGCUCGAGCUCCCCAGCUCCUCCCGCGGCUGCUCCGGAAGUGUUCGAGUUCGUUGGCAUCAGGCGCGAUCUCGAGAAGGAGAAACGGGAACGGCAGGAGAUGAUGAGAAAUGUGCGCAGCCCGCCAUCGCCCCGCGAGAGUUGGUUUGAGAUGAACCAUCCCAUGGGAUCUUGGAACUUGUCACGGUUUUGA